UUGUGGGUGACUGGGUGCUCAGUCGGUCAUUUACCGCCGUCCAAACCUACCGGGAACCUGCCAGUUGAAUCGGGACUACUUACGAUGCAGGUCACGCCGGUCCUCCUCAGUAUAUGCGCGUGCGCAUUGGUCGCCGCGUUCCCUGCGCCGGAGUUGACGGACGCGCAACUGGAGCAGAUCCUGUAUAACCCGACCACCAUCAAGAUGUACAUCAGGUGCGCCACGAACGAGGGUCCUUGUGAUGCUGUUGGGAAGAGGAUGAGAACGCUCGCCCCGUUGGUGCUCCGCGGCGCAUGCCCACAGUGUUCAGCGAGGGAAACGCGCCAGAUCCGACGCACGCUCGCCUUUAUCCAACGAAACUACCCCUGGGAGUGGGCCAAGAUUAUGAAACUAUCACUCUUGGUUGUCGCGAGCGUCUUGGUGUGCGUGUGUGCGCAAGCGCGGCCGCCAGUCUCCGACACCGCGCUUGAAGACGCGCUCAAUGACAAGCGCUUCAUCCAACGGCAGCUCAAGUGCGCGCUCGGCGAGGCGCCCUGCGACCCCAUCGGGAAGAGGCUCAAAACCCUGGCCCCGCUGGUGCUGCGCGGCGCCUGUCCGCAGUGCUCGCCGCAGGAGACCAAGCAGAUCCAGCGCACGCUGUCCUACGUACAGCGCAACUUCCCCGCGGAGUGGGCCAAGAUCGUGCGCCAAUAUGCCGGCUGAACGCCUGCGAAAUUAAUUUAGCUGUUAGAGCGUCGUCGGCAUUGGCUAUCAAUUUAAUCAAUUUAUAUAAGUUUGGUCCCCGAAUCCAGUCACACGUCACCCAAUUAAUUACAUUUGAAAUUAAGCACUGCUCUGUCUGUCACUGAACUUUUUAAUGCCACCUAGUUUUUAGUGUUCCGUACAAAACUUUGUUCACGGAACACUUAUUUUUUAUAGAAUAUUUCGUGACUACCUAUAGACAUUCCACCCGUAAGGUGCUUACUUUCAGCCCGUGUAUGGCGCGCUAUGGGCGCGCUAAAGUACCAAAUAUGUCACAUAUCAGUGCUGCCAAUGUAAGCUGACGCAUUACAAACACUCAUCAGAUCUCAUGAUCUGUAUAUAUUUUUAUACAAUGUGACUAUUAGUAAGUACAUUUAAUUAUAAGUUAGUGUAUAAACGUAUAUAAAUUCAAGCAGGUAAAAAUUACUAUGUUUACCACAAGUUUAGGUACCUACUAUAGUACCAAGUUCCAUACAUUUGUAUAUGGUGUGCAAGUCCCAUUUCGUAUGUCACUUCAAUUCAUGUCCUUACUCUUCGACCUCGACCUCCCCCGUCACACGACAGUAUGAGGAACUCGAUUCAAGGAGUCCACUUAUACUAGUUCGGUGAUUUAAGCGGAUGUUGAAGGGACAUAAUAAAUAUGGCAGUGAAAACCCCGAUAAAGUUUUGCACCUAUAAGUAACAAUGACUGAAUUACUUUUUUACUUCUUUCUUUUGUUACCUACCUAGUUAGUUACUUACCUUAACUUUUAACUCUUGAUGGUAUCUUGUAUGGGUACAAUUAAACAAAUACCUACUUAAAGAGACUAAUCUGAAAUCUAGAGUGAUACAUGGGUGGGUACCUGGUGGGUACUAUCAUAUUGUUAUUUAUAAGUACAUUUUUUUACUCUGAAAUGAAAACUAUAACCGGUUUUUAAUUAAAAUACCUAUACAAAAUGACUUCUAAACCUAACAUGAAAAUUACCAAAGCUACCAAACAUAUUGCUAACGAACUCAAGUAGGGUGUUAAUGUUAAGCCAUUAUUAAAUUAUUUGAAUAGUGUACAUUAUUUUCAAUAAUGAUAAUGAAUUAAAGAUGUUUAUAUGAU